GCAAAACCAUUUUGGGGAUUUAGGGUUUGUCUUCAUUUUCCUCUUAAUCCUCACUGAGCUUUUCCAUGAUCUUCCUCUUUCACUGUCUUCUCCUGAACCCAACCCCAAUUUAUGAUAAGAGAGAAAUGUCACGAGGUUCUACUUCAUGUGGUGCAUCGACUUCGUCUAGCCAUCCUCCUUUCGUCUUAUAUGAUGGUAUCCCUGAGUACGACUACCCACCACCCAUUCGCCAUUGUGACUGUGGUAAGUUUGCUCCAUGGUGGACUACAUGGAGGGACUCAAAUCCAGGUCAUCGCUUUUAUGGAUGUCCAGAUUUUAGGGAAGAGGAUGUGUCGAAGAAGUGUGAUUACUUUGUGUGGCAUGAUACAGACUUCACCCAAAGGGCCAAAGAUGUUAUUUGGUACCUCUAUAAUGAAAGGAAGAAACUGUUAAGGGAAAAUUCUGAGCUAAGGAAGCAGUUGAAGCAUAGUCAUGAGGAAGAGGUUGAGCAAACGAGGCAAAGGCAAAGUGUUAGUGUGAACGAGGGAAUAGAGGAAACUACAACUAAUCAGCCAGUGGAAGAAGUUGGUUGUGAUCAACUGUCUAAAAUUAAUAAGGUGGAAAAGAGGAUGCAUGAAAUGGAGAAUUUGUUGGAAAAGAAAAUUUAGACUGCAUUCUGUAAACUUGGAUGUGUUAUUGUUGCACUUUGCUUUCUGAAUUUAGCAUUUAUAAACUUCUUGUUUUGGUAGAAUGUUGGAAAUUUGAGUGUGGUUAAGUGUGUUUUUGGGCAUUUCAUGUAACUUUGGAAAUGGCUAGAAGUUAUACCCAAUUUGGCCAAAAAUUUAUCUGCAUGAAAUGAAAUCUCUUGUUUUGU